AUGCUAAAACUUAUUGCAAAGGUAAUUGGCUACGUGGUACUACCAGCUAUACUCUCGAUUUAAAUUAUUCUUAAUUUAUUUUCAAAGAAAUUCAGGUAACCUCUAUAUCACUUUAAAUCUUAGUACUUCUACAAAAAGAUUGGUGAUUACGAUACUGAAUAUUUAAAAGUUCAAAAGAGAGUUAAUCAUCAUACCCAUGAUCCAAAAUAAAAAGAUAUAACUAUCGUUUUAGUACCAGGCAAUCCAGGAUAUGUAAGGUAUUAUGACUUAUUUUUAAAUUAGCUUGCUUAGCAUCUAAAUUAUGCUUAUGAUAUUUACGCUAUUUGCCAUGUUGGACAUUUGGGAUUUGAAGGUAAGAAAAAGAAAUAUCAUGUCGAAACUGAUUAUAAACAUCACCAUUAUCACGGAGUGCAUCAUAAUAAUCAGUAAUAGACACCUAAAAAAAAGCUUAACGUUUUAGAGCAUUAAAUUGAACAUAAAGUUGAAUUUAUGAAAUAUUUGAUGCACAAGCAUCCUAAUACUAAAUUCAUAUUUGUUUCUCACUCAAUCGGUUCUUAUAUUGUUUUGAAUAUUUUGGAUUAUCUUCCCAAAGAUAAAAUUCUUCACUGCUUUAAGCUUUUUCCUACUAUUGAAAGAAUGAAUGAAAUGCCUAACUAUAAGCAUACUAACAUAUUAACAAGAUUCCCUGUUAAAUAAGUGUCAGCUACUAUUGCUCAUAUUCUUUAAUAUUUACCAAAUUUUGUAAAAAGAGUUUUAAUUUAGUUAGUUUUAUCCAAUCAGAAUUAACAAGAACCAAUAGAUGAUAUAGUUGAAACCGUUACUUCUUUCCUUGAUUAUACUACUGUUUACAAUAUCUCCAACAUGGCAUAGCUUGAAUUUACUUUUGUUAGGAAAAGAUAAGAUGACCUUCUAAAAAAAUAUAUUAAUGAAAUAACCCUUUACUAUGGUAGAAAUGACAAUUGGGCUACAGUUGACUUAUAUCAUUAAAUAAAGAAAGACAUUCCUGCCAUUGAUGCUAGGCUUGAUGACCAUAACUUAGAGCAUGCAUUCGUAGUAGGAGGAGCUCGUACUUAAGCUCAACUUUUAUAAGAUUGGAUCAAUGAUAAAAUUAAGAAUAAAUAUUGA